AUGUCGCUGGUAAAUCACCUGGAAGAAGUUUUGUUGGAAGCUAUUAUGAAGAAUGGAAGUACAGCUGGGGGAGGCGCUUACUGCCAAAAACCAGCCAGUAGCAAUGAUCACAGUAAGCCCAAUAGCACGAAGGAGAGCAAUGCAUCUGCAGCAGGUGAAAGUGGAAAAGGCUACACCAAAGACCAAAUGGAAGGAGUAUUCAG